UUAAAAAAAAGUAAUAAUUCCACCAUGGGGAAACACACCGUUACUAGUUAAUGACCUGCAUUUUAAAAAAUUCACCGACGAGUUGGCAGGUAUAAGGGGGAAAAUGUUUGAAAAGUGCACUAGAGCUGCAACAGUCAGUUGGUUAAUCGGUUAGUCGAUUGAUGAAGAAAAUUAAUCAGCAACUGCUUUAAUAAUCGAUGCUGAUAAAGUUAUGGUUCCGUGUUCUCUUUUUACUUGUAUAACAUCGUAGUAAAACAAAUAUUUUAGGGGUGUUGUCUGUUGGACUGACAAAACAAGACAUUUAAUGAUGUCUCCCUUUGCUCUAGGACGUUUUUUCACUGUUUUCUGAUGGUUUACACAAUUAAUCGAUAAUGAAAAUAAUCAUUAGUUGCAGCCCUAUUUAAUUCUGACUGUAGGUGAGGUGUUACUACGGUAAUUGUGACUGUCUUGUUCCAAUCCCCGGUUUUGGCCAUUUUCGUUAAAAUCGGUUGAACUUUCAUGCCCUUUGGCAGCAUGCAAACAAAAAGAAACAAAAAACAAAAAGAACAUCCUCUCUGCUUUUCUAAAACUCUUUAGAUACUGGCAAAGUUUUCAAGGUGGCUCCCCACUGGAGGUAAAGGAUUUUCGUGCCAGAACAGCAGUAUUUAAUGAUUUUUAUCUCACGCUCUGUGUAACAUCUGAAUAUUCAAAGUAAAUAGUAACACCAUUUCUCAGAUGAAUGUAGCGGAUAAGAGUACAAAAGUCAGCCAUAAGACCAAUACCUAAGUACAUCAAAAUAACAGUAAGGAAUUCUACUUUGGUGCGUAAACGAUUAGUUGAUUAAUCGAUUGGUAAAAUUGAGAGAAAAUUAAUCAGCAGCAAUGGGUUUUGGGCUAACUGUCAGAUCAAACAAGCAAUGUUAAGAGUCCGGCUCUGGAGAGGUUUGAUGGGUAUUUUUACUAUCAUUAUCUGGUAUUUUAUAGACUCAACAAUUUCUCAAUUAACUGGGAAUCUCUUCGAUUUUAUUUCAACUUUAAUAAAUCAGUUUGACGUGAUGCAAAAAGUAUCAGUUUAUUGAUAAUGAUAUUGAUAAUGAAAAUAAUUGUUUGUUGUGCAUAUAGCACUUAAACAUGUUGUGGUUCCACACUUCUGUGCACCCACCUUUCACUGUUUUUUAUGAAGGUCUGUCUUUAAUUUCAAUUCCUCAUUAUAUUUUACAUUUUCAUAUUUUUGCAAACAUAGGUAUUUGCAUAUGUAUGAUCUAGUCGUGGCACGUUAUGGAGAUAUUUUUUGGUCCUGUUUCUCUGGUGUGUUUGUUCCAGACCAGGCCACUAACCCAAAUAAUGGGGAGGAAAGGUGGGACUGCAUCCAGGGCUUCUACCAGCUUGUUAACCAGGAGACUGAUGGGCCACAGGUAGCCAUUCGGCUUCUAGCUCAUAAAAUCCAGUCCCCACAGGAGAAAGAGGCUCUGCAGGCGCUCACUGUUCUCGAGGCAUGUAUGAACAACUGUGGUAAGAGGUUCCACGGCGAGGCCGCCAAGUUUCGCUUUCUCAAUGAGCUCAUCAAAGUCUUAACACCAAAGUACUUUGGCGCCUGGACUCCUCAGAAAGUGAAAGACAGAGUGACAGAGGUCCUCUAUGGCUGGACGCUCUGGUUUAAAGAUGAGCCCAAGAUCCAGGAAGCCUACAGCAUGCUGAAGAAACAAGGUAUUGUGAAGAAAGAUCCCAAACUACCAGACACACUUAUAAUGGCUCCUCCACCACAAAGAACCAAAGAGUCUGUUUUCGACCAGGAGGACAAGGCCAAGCUGUUAGCCAGAUUGUUGAAAAGUGCCCGUCCCGAAGACCUGGAAACUGCAAACAGACUCAUUAAAAGCACCAUCAAAGAGGAGCAGGACAAGGCAGAGAAAGUGCUGAAGCGUGAAUCUACUCUGAAGGAAGUGGAGAGCAGCACCAAGCAGCUCAGAGAGGUCCUGGACCGGCACACGAUCACUGGAACCUCGAUACAGCCCAGUGAUGACGUGAAGGCCCUAUACGAGCGCUGUGACCGUCUGAGGCCCAGCCUGUUCCGCCUGGCCAGUGACACGAUGGAAGACGAUGCUGCUCUGGCAAAGAUCCUGGCGGCUAACGACGAGCUGACACUUGUCGUGAACUCCUACAAAGACCAGGUGGGGAGAGGAAAGUGCAACGGGGGAAGAGAAGGAAGUAAAAGUGAGGAAGAAGUGGCGGGUAAAAAUGAUGCUCCUACUAGUCCCAGAGAGAUUAAAAGCUACCACCUCAUCGACCUGUCAUCACUGGACUCCCCACAGACUCACAGAAAAGCCGAUUCACCGCCGUCCUUUGAAUCUUCUUCACCCCUCCUCUCCUCCUCUCUAGAGAACGCCUUCCACCCAGUACCUGACCAAGAUUUUACUGAAUUAGAGUUAGAUGAUAAGGUCUUGAAAAGGACUCAAGAGACUUCAAAGUCAUACUAUGAGGAACUAAUUCAGCUUAAUGGAGACAUUCAGAAGAGGAAUGAUGUGCAGAAUGGAGGGAGAGGCCUUUUGCUGAGAGCUCGUGGAUGUGGGGGGAGCAGUACCACAUCAAAUGGGACUAAUGUUUGGUCACUCCCUCAAAAUCAACAGUUCACCGUAACAGGAUCACCGUACAAGACGCAGAUGCAACCAGAUGAAAUGUCUGAGGAGAGCUUGUGUCCCCCGCAAUUACUGAAAAACGUCUUUGUUCCAAUGGACACCAUCAAAUCCAGUCAGCUGGAGCCAAUCACUUUAUACGAUCAGGCCGGUGUCCAUGUCUCUCUCCAUUUUGCCAGAGACUCUCCACCAGGUCAUCCCGGUGUUGCUGUGGUUGUCAUCUCCACCGUGAACACCUCUGCCCUCUAUGUGAAAGACUUCCUGCUCCAAGCUGCUGUUCCAAAGAACAUGUUGGUGAAACUUCAGCCUGCCUCAGGGACACACCUACCUCCAUACAACCCUCUCCUGCCUCCACCUGCCAUCUCCCAGGUCCUCCUAUUGUCUAAUCCUCAGAAGCGUAAGGUGCGUCUACGCUACAAGCUGACACUGACACUUGGAGACCAACAGCUGAACGAGACUGGAGAGAUCGACAACUUCCCAGACUGGACCUCUUUGAUUAGCCACUAAACACGCCAGACACUUGUAUCCCUCCAAAAAAAAAAAAAA